AGUUUUAUAUAUAAAACAUAUGAGCAAUAUAGCUCGACACAUCCUCUUGUACUCUUACAUUUUACGCGCAAUCUACGCACCCAACCAAAAACAAAAAAACGAUAAGAAGAGAUAAACAAUACAUAUAAAAAAAAAGAAGUCUGGAGAAUAUUUGCUUCUCAUGUACAACAUGUCGUCAAGAAAUGAAAAUGUUAAGGCACAAGCGCCGGAGAAAUCAGAUUUUACCCGGAGAUGUAGUUUGCUCAGCCGUUACUUGAAGGAGAAGGGUAGCUUCGGUAACAUAGAUCUUGGUUUGUUCCAAAAACCUUCUUCCGGUCUAGGGUUUACCGGAAAAUCCGAUCCACCACCAGGGAAACAAAAUGCGUUGCAGAAGGCAGAGCAUUUCAAAGGCAAACCCUCUAAUUCAUCUGGAUGCAAAGUCAAAGAUGCUGACCUCAGUGAAUCACAGCCAGAAAGUUCUCAGCUGACCAUAUUCUUCGGAGGGAAAGUUAUAGUAUACAAUGAGUUCCCUGCAGACAAAGCUAAAGUGAUAAUGGACGUCGCUAAACAAGCCAAGCCCGUUUCUGAGACUAACAUUCAGACACAAGUCAAAGUCGAAAACAACAACAAAAGCAACAUUCAGACACAAAUCAAUGUCGAAAACAGCAACAACAACAACAAAAGCAACAUUCAGACACAAAUCUAUGUCGAAAACAACAACGACAACAAAAGCAAUAUGGUUCUUCCUGAUCUUAAUGAGCCUACAAAUACUGCUGAUACUGAUCAUAGUCACCCUACAAUGGAACAACAGAAGCAGCAAGAACAAAAUCAGAUCGUGGAACGUAUAGCACGUAGAGCCUCGCUUCAUCGAUUCUUUGCUAAACGGAAAGACAGAGCUGUAGCUAGAGCUCCAUACCAAAUUAACCAAAACGCGGGUCAUCAUCGUUAUCCUCCCAAGCCAGAGACUGUAGCCGGUCAACCACUAGAGACAGGACAGUCGUCACAAAGAACGAACAACGCUGUUGCUCAAACCAUGGCCCAUCCCAAAUCAGAUGGUGAUAAAGAUGUUACUAUGGGCAUUGAAGAAGACCAAAACUCGAAAGAUCUCGAUCUAAGGCUAUAGUUAUGUUUGCUAAAUGUUUUUUAUUAGGAACUGAGCUUCUAGAUUAACGUUUCGAUCCACCUGACAUAUUUUAAGUGAUUUUUCUUUUGUACUAAAGUAUGUAAUCAUAGUCUAACUUGAAUAUUUAUAAAACGCAAUAGUAAAUUUAGAUAA